AUUAUUGUUCCCGCAUUGCACUCUGCUGGCUGUUAUCCCUCGGUUUCUUGGCCUGACGCCUCGUUGCCCCCAGGCUCUCAAGAGGACUUUGACUCCUCCAACCAGCCUUUGAACACUGCAAAUCAGACUCUUAACCUCUUAGACCAUUUUUUAAGAUUAGCUGAUCCGAUUGAUCCUGCUAGCUCGAUGCCAGCUACUAUAGAUCGUGUGCGACUCAUUAACGCCUUUGGUGCGCUGGGAAGUCAGUUAGCUUGGCCGGCUUGGUUAGCUUGCUUUGAGAAGCAGCGCUUGCUUGCCAUCCACUUAGUUACAAAUGAAUCAUCGGACCCACAUCUUUUGAAUUUGACCGAGCUUAGGAAACAGAUCUCUGCAUCAAACUUCGAUCAGCUACACCUGCACUUGCAAAAGCCUUCCUUCUCUGAUAUGUAUACCGUGACUCCCGUGGCAAGCCAGUCCAUAAGUUCGUCCAAUGAGACCGAAGCUUGUCAGUCACCGAUGGAGACUGUUUCUGAGACAGAAACUCGCCAAUAUGAAUUCAUAGAGGGCCUUCGACGACGUGAAUUUGGCCUUGGUGAGACUCUUUCAGAGAGGGCUGUGGAUCUCAUAAAGGGUCGUCUUUCGAGAAGCCUCACUCACCUCUCCGAAGAGAUGUAUUUCCAGCCGGGCCACUUCCUUUUAGAACUCAUUCAAAAUGCGGACGAUAACAAUUAUCUACUUCCGGAUGGAAGUGAUGCUUCCACUGAGCCAUUUGAUGAAUCAGCGCAUGUUGCUACAUCGGUGUCUCCGUCACCUUCUUGUCCCACUCUUCAAUUUCGUCUUGAAAAGUUUAGGUCUUCUGUCAUGGGGGCAACUUGCAGACAGUUAGCCUGCUUAAUAGUUCUAAAUAACGAAUCGGCUGGUUUUACAGAAGCCGACAUUACUUCCCUUUGUGACGUUGGCCUCAGUACCAAGCUUGAUCAACGGGAGAAGAAAAUAGGUUAG